UAAAAGAUAUCAGAUAUUCAUAUACAAAAAAAUUGUGAUACAUAGUGAAAAUGUCUUAGGUUUGUAUUCAUCUUACGUGUAAUUAACUCAUCUAUUUUUUAUUUCACAUUGUUCUUAUAAUCUAAUUAAUGCCAGUAAUCUUUAUCAUCGAACAAACGAAUGUAUGUAUGUAUUUCAUGCAUAUUACAUCAAUAAUAUCUCGAUGUGACGGUACGUAUCAUUUUGCGUUACACUGAAAAUGUACCAUUGGUAUUGUUAGGAAGGAUGAUGAUCGGGUUCGUGCAAACUAAUCGUAAAUAAUGAUUAAUGCUUUGUACUUUAAAAUAUUAUUAAAUUCUGAUUCUGUUGUUUAUUGUUAUUGAAUACUAAGUGCACUCGUCAUCCCUCUGACACAAUUCGUUAUUAAAUAAGAAAUGUUCUUUGCUAUUACCUAACAAUUUAAUGAUUAAAAAGUUGCAGUUAUUACACGGCAGUUAUGCGCUUAUACCAAUGGAUCGAUCAAUAAAUUUUAAAUAGAACAAUAAAAAAUAUAUUUCUACUAAUUACCUCCUUAUUGCUUUAUCUCUAUUCAUUAUUCCAUUGCAUAAUUGUUUCAUUCUGUAUUCUUUUUUUCAUCAGUGCUUUAAAAUGUAUUUUACGUUACUUGCCAGGUGAGGUCGCCACGAGACGACCAUCGAGCGAAUUAAAAUUAUCAAACAAACAAAAAGUACGCCAAGUGUCAAAUGAUUCCAAAAAAAUGAUUGAUUAUCUGGAUUACAUUCUUCAAAAGUGUUAUCAGUGAAAAAUCCGAAUGUCUUCAAUUCCUCAGAAGUCCCCUCGUUAUGAGGAUUUGAUCUCAACGGAAGAUGAUACUCUGGGUACAUCUAUCAGUCUUAGUGUAGGAGAAAAUUCAAUAAGAAUCAAAGAAAAACCCAAGGUGAUUAAGAAAUCAGAGUCAGAAGAUAAGCAUGAAGAGGAAAAAUGGUGGUUAAAGAAACCGGAUAUCUGGCUUGAUAUUUCACAUGCUAUUCCAGUAGAUGCAAAGACUAAACAAUCUCCGUCUCCUUCCCCGGAUGUCAGCUCUUCAAUGAAAGAAUUUCUUGAAAAAGAAAAGAUGUGCAAAGCUAUGCAUAAAAAUGAAAUUGAGAUGAAAGAUAAAGAUGACACUCUAUGUGAUAUUUUGGCUUCUGCAGCAUUCGAUAAAUAUCCUUCAGACUUUGAAAAUGCAACUGAUGAGGAUAUUGGCAGUAUUUUAGAAGAAAUGAGUAAGAUAGCUGGAGCUCUUAGUCCUAAUUCAACUACAGAUCGUUCAAAAUCUCGAGAUUCUGCCAGAAAUCCUACAGAGGAAGAGAAAUCUGUAGAAGAAUUGUUAGAAGAGGCUGAGAAACUUAGUGGAUCAAAAUCUGACACUUUAGUACCUGAGAAUAUCCCGGAAGAUAUAGAAAGUCUUAGCAGGGUUAGACAAUUAGAAGCUGAUAUAUUUCAACUAAUAGAGAAGGAGGUGCAUAAAGAGACUGAAAAAAUCAAAAAAAGCCCAAAGAAUGAAAAGAAAAGAGACAGUAGUCCUGGUAUUGAAGUUAUAUAUGAGAAUCUGAAUGGUUUGAAAGCUCCGAAAUCUUUGGAACUUCAAAGAAAAAAAUUUGAAGAGCAAAAAGUAGAGGUAUCUAGCAGUUCUGAUUUAGAUGAUCCUAUUGAAAAACAUUCCAAGUCAGAAGAAUUAAAAAGUACAAGGAAGCUGGAAUCAGAUAAAGAUAAUUUGCAAAAAGAAAUAACUGACGUAGACAAGGAUUUCUUUGAAGAUUUGCUGAGGAAAUCCAAAGAAAAAGCAGAGGGUGGUAUGUCAGGCAGUUCAAGUUUUGGACAAGAAGAUUUUUCGCAUUUUCUGAAACUUUUGCAAGGACAGACUAAUAAAAAAGAACAAGAAUCAAAUCAUUCUAACCCUAUACAACCUUUCUUUUCAAAUUUUGGAGAUGAAAAAAUAUCACUUUUAGAUGGGGGAACCAUAAAUAAUAAAAGUCCUGAAUUUCCUGAGAAAGAAAUUUCUGAUAUAUUAGAGAAAGAACUACCUCAGACGAGUAAUGUAAAAAUCAGACAUGAAAUUAUGGAAACAGAUUCCAGUGCUCACAGUGAAGAACAAAAGCAAUCCAAAAACUCUGACAAUAGUGAUAAAAAUGAGUCGAAAAUAUCUGAUAGAAAAGAUCAAGUAUCACCCAGGAAUGUAGCUGUGACAAAAGAUAACAAAAAAGUACCUAAUUCUAAGCAGGAACUAUAUUCCGUUGAUCUCACACCAAGGUUAGAAUUAUUCGUGGAUGCUAUCCCGAAGUUAUUAGCUGAAAAGUCGACAGAAAAUGCAACGCAACAAAGUGAAGAACCCACGGAAGAACCACAACUAAUCGCACACAAAACAAUCUCAAGCUCUGAGAUUAAAUCUGAUAUCAAUGUUCCAACAUCUCAACGUAGCAAUGUAGAACGUAAAUCCAUUCAUUCAGCUAGCGCGUCGAACAAUAAAACGCAAAAGAAAGACUUAAAGUUUUCUAAGUCAAAAAGUUAUGAUCAGAUUUGCAAACCAUCGUCAUUCAGAACGUCUGUCGAAAAUUUGAGAGUGAGCAAACCUUCGGAUACUGCAAAGAAAUCUAACACUUUGAUCAGGCGAUCGCCAACAUUGAAGCCAAAAUUACAACCUACGGUUAAGCCAAUCACGAAAACUACUCCGAAACCAAAAGUGUCGUCAAACCUAAGGAAAAAUUCCGUUAAGACUGGUUCUAAUCUCACAUUGUCUUCCACGUGUAAAUCGUACCAAGCUAAGUCACCGGAAACUUACGCAAGGACUAUGAUGGCUGGUGGUGACACGAAACAAAAUUUAAUGAAAACGAAUUGGGAAAUAUUGUGUCGCGAAGAGAGACACAAGAAUGCUCUUUUGAAGCAACAGCUAGAGUCAGAAGUGAAAAUGUACAAGAGUCAAAUCGACAGGAUGCGUAUAUCCUUCGAGGAAGAACUGUUUGCACUAAAGAAGCAAAACAUCAUUUUAAAAGCGAAAGUAGAUGAGCUCUCUUUAAAUGAGAGACGAUCAGAAUCUCAGCCAAAGAAAGAUGCGAAGAUUAUGCUUCUAGAGAAAGAAUUAGAGAAACAAGAGAAUCUGAUCCGGGCCUAUGAAACGGAAAAUAAGAAGUUGAUGCAAGAAACGAAGAGAAUGCAAGAGGAAAUGAAGCAAUUGCAGAGACAGAAAAGCACAGCAUUAGAAUCCGGCAAAAUGCAGGAACUUGCCGACAGGAUUAAAGAUCUCGAGGAAGAGGCCCUGAAACUCAAUCUGGAAGUUUCCGAGCUUCGCGAGAAGAACGCAGACUGUGCUUUGAAGAAUGAGGAUUUGUCUCAACAAAAUAGUCUCCUGAAUGAUGAAUUGGAGAUGUUUAAGGAACAGUUGAGGACAAAGAAUGAUUUCAUUACGGAUCGGUUGCAAGCAAUGACCACGGCAGAGCUGCAGUUGAAGAAGCAAGUAGAGGAUUUGACGAUAAAACUUAGCUCUAAGACGGAACAAUUGCGAAUAGUAAAACUGGAGCUGGAUAGGAUUCAACAGAACGUGCUCCCAUUGGAGAAAGAGCUGCUCGAAUUAAGAGUCAAAGAGGGCAAUUUACUGGAGAAGCUGCAGGUAUCUAAGAGCCAUGUGGAACGUGAGAAACAAUUAACACAGAAGCUGAAAGAUCAAGUGAUUCUCGAUAGCAAGAAGAUUACGGACUUGAAUAGACAAGUUCGUGAAAUGGAGAGGAUACUAAAGAGAAAGAAUCCUGAUUCAGUGUCCGCUCUUAUAUUGACUGCGAAUUCCGAGCAGGAGAAGAUUGGCGCAGAGAAAGUGAAGUUACUAGAAGAUCGAAUCUCGAGUUUGGAAAAUGAAAUCAAAGCGAAAGAUGAUUUGGCACAACAGAAGGUGGUUGAAUUCCAGAAGAAGUUUUCGGAUGUGAAGGAGAAGUAUACCACUCAGAUAAUUGAAUUGGAAAGGAAACUGCUGGAGGCGAACGUGAAGGAUCGUAAGAUAUACAAUGAUAUGUUUACGCAGACAGUAUCAAAACUCGUAGAGAACAAGAGUGUGGAGACAAUUAGGAAGGAGGAGAGAACAGGAUCGUUUGAAAAAGAAGAGAAGAAAGAUCUUCCAAAACCGUCUUUGAAAGCCACUUUAAAAUCUCAGAACUCUAAAGAGGAUGCUUAUCUUAUGGCCACGAUACGUGGAUUGAAACUAGAGCUCGCGAACAAAGAUAAAGCGAUGUCGAAGCUCAUGAAAGAAAUCCAAGAUUUACAAAAGACGAACACAAAACUGCAGAAGGAGAGAGAAAAAUUGUUGAAUGACAGAAGAUCUGUGAAGACAAUGAACUUUGAGAGGAACCGCGGCAUGGUGUCCUCGGAUUCGAAAUUAAUGACAUUGAAGUCCAUCGAGGGAAACGACCAGAACUCGAACGUUUACCAAAACGGACAUGUGUCUGACACGAAUGCUCAACGGCUGUCCGCUUCCGUACAAAAGCUUUAUGAUCCUAUGCAGUACACCGAGAAUGGAGAUACUAAUCUGAUGAAGAGAUUGACUGACGAGAAUGAUAUUCUAAAGGAGGAACUGAGCAAAAUGAACAAAGACUUCAUGGCUUUAAAGAACAAACGACUUCACGACCUGAACCUCUUGCAAGAGGAACAUGAACGUGAAAUGGCCACUUUGCUGAAGGAGUAUAGCGUGAAAUUUGGAGAUUCUAAAGUGGUAAAGUUACAGGGUCAGAUAAACACUCAAGUAGCUGUGAUAUCCCAUUUGAAGCAGCAAAUUGAGCAGUUAAGAGACUACAAGGAACAGGUAGUUGUUUUGAAGGCUGAACGUGAUCACUUGGAGACUAAAGUGAAAACGUUGAACGAAAAAGUGAAAUAUUUAUCAACACCGAGCACAGAGCAGCUGCAGUUGUUACAGGACAAGAUAACAAUUCUUCAACAACGACACGAAAGCCGUGAAAUGACGUUGCAGAGUUUAGUGCGCGAUUUGCUAAGAAAUAGAACCCAGUGUAAGGAUUGUAAAAACGAAAAGGGUAAAAAUCGACAAUUGUGCUAUUUCCGACAAGAGCUUGAUCACAUUCUUGGAAUGCUUCAGGAGAUUGCUAACGUUCAUUGAUUCUAGAUGAAUUAGAUUAGGUAUGCGUGUAAAGUGGUGCUCGUGAGAUGUCGAGAGAUCGAUAGAUUGCAAUUUCUUGAUCCGAUAACGGGCAUUGUGAUAAUUCGUAUCUUCGAGUGUACUGAAACGAAUCUUAGAUUUUUGCUAGAAGAAAUUAUCAUAUUGGUAGGUACUUUAUACACGUGUAAGAGGAAAGCGCAGUCAGAAAAAAAUUUGAUCGAUAUUUUUCAUCGAUCUUGCCACGAAGACGACAUGAUUAGUUGUUCACAGUCUGUUUAGUCAGUUUCUUAUUAUAGAAUAUGGAUAUAUUCAAUGAAAUCAUAUCGAUCCUGGGAAAGUUCGCGCUUAAUGAUCGACUGGGAUCACUGCCAAAGUUAUAAGAAAAAAAAAAAAAAAA